GUCUGGUCAUUCCUCGUGGUGUGUUGCAGGCUUCACAAAAUGAGACUGUGGGUUUGGGGUUUUUUCCCCCCCUGCCAUUAAGCUGAUUCAUAAUAGCAGAUGUCAUCACUCCCAAAUAAAAAUGAGUGACGGAUGAAUAGAUUUCAUCAGUUAUUCCUGGCAGCUGGAGUUCUCUUGAAAAGGGGAACCCAGGGGUAAAACUGACAUGAUUCAGUAAUCACUCAAGAAAACCAUACUUUGACAGAAGAGGAAGCUACUAUACAAUCAAAAAAAUGAGCAAGCAUACGAACUUUAGACGCCACAGGAUGGGUGGUCAUGAUGCAGAAGAGCUGAAGAACUUCUGGGAAAAGGUCAUCCAAGAGCAAACUAAGCAACAAGAAGCUGAAGAGUCUAGGCUAAGCAAAAGUGCCCUGAACAAGCUUCGCCAGGAAUGGACUCUCCGGCUGGAAGGUCGAGUAAGGCAGGUCCAGGCGCACAUGAAAACACGGCAGGAACAAAUGACACCACUGUCUAUCGAGGCUCUUCCCUCACCAGAUAAAACUGUUGCUUAAACUGUUGCUGUGCAAACAGAGCAAGCACUGGGCCUGAUUCUGACCUUCUGUAUGCCUCUAGAAACCAGAAGUUACACUGCUGAACAACUAAAAGGUCAAAUUCUGCCCUUUUCCCAAACUAUUUACUAGAGCUGCUAUUAAAGUCCUAUUGAAAUUCAGUGUAAGAAUAAUGCCACAGGGGGAAAAAAGCACAAAGGAAUAAAUGAGAAGCAGACAACUCUAAUUUUUCCAUGAUAUAUUAUUUCUGUGAUGUAUCAGGAUUCUCUUAUGUAACUGCAUUUCCAAGUGACAACAAGGCACUCCUAGGAAAGAGGGCGGCUUGUUUAAUAGGAAUAAUACAUUCAGACAGCUGCAUGCAAAAUUGCACAUUUCCAUUUACACAGCUCAGAGAGUCUGGCUUAAUGCACACAUAAGAGGUUCUGUCUUGAUGAGCCAUAGCAGAAGGAGUUAAGGAUUAGCCUGAUCAGCUGGCUAGGAGGAGAAACAUAUUCUUUAAUGAUGGGGGAAAAAAAAAACAAUUUUCCUGAUCAACAUUUAAGAACAUUUACAGAUCUUACUAAUUAAAGAAAUAGAAAAAAUUACUUUUACUUUCCUGGGGCAUGUAAGCAAAAGACUUCUGAGCCAGUAGUCUUUUUUGUGAGCCAAUCUGACAAAUGUUAGAGCAGUAAGAGCAAGUCAGUGUGAGAGUUUGAAAUAGAAGGCAGCGAAUCAUAACAGCACAGAAAUGCUUUGCAAAGUAUCUUUUGCCAUACCUGACAUGCACAAAUCCGAACAACUUCUGGGUCUUCUUCUGGGUUAGGUGAAACAAAGGUAGGAAUAACAAAACACAGGGUAAUAACAGUGUGCCCUAUUUACCUAUAUGUCUGUGUAUCUAAAUACUAGUCUUCUGGAUUAAAACAUUUUUUGUUUUCUCUUCAAAUAAGCUUUGGAACACAAGAGAAGACUCAUAAGUCUAAACAGCUAUUUUUGUCUAAAAGUAUUGUGCCAGACAAAAAUUUACUUUGAAUCUAUAUGGAUACUAAAGUAGUAGAUAUGAAUACAUUUGAUAUUUCAAAACAUAACAAAAAUUAAAUCAUUUUGACCUCACAGAAUGUUUUUAAAUCCUUUUGAAACAAUAUUUAAUUAAAACACAAAGUUUUACUGACUGGUCUCACUCUUACAAAGUGAAAUUCUGUCACAGAAAAAAGAAGCUGUCAUAAAAAUGUUGUUAUUCCAUGAAGGAUUAAAACAAUUAAAAACUUACAAAAUGUUGUUCUGUUAUUGAAAAAUGAUGGGAUUUUAGUAUCAGUUUCUUUUCAUAAAAACUGACCCAAAAAGCAUGCAAUUGUUUCUUUCAGUGGCUAUUUUCCAUUAGAAAAGCAAUGCUGAAAAAAUAAUAAAGUUGUAGCUGCUUUUGCCCUGCAA